UCCGGGGUAAAGGGGUCAUUGCAGCGACGGACAGUGUGUGGUGAAGGUGUGUCUCGGGAACACACGGAGACACACACACACACACGUAUACCUGACGAAGAGGAGACUCCUACAGGUGGUGGUGCUGGGAGGUGUUUGGUUCCUCGUAAGAGAGAGGAAAGAACUCGUGUUAGGAUGCUGACGAAGGCGCUGCUGGGGGCUCUCCUCCUGCUGCUGGCGGGGCAUGGCGCCCUCGGCAAAAUGGUCUACAAAUGCCCUGAGGGUUGGGUGCACCAGAGUUCCAGCGGCCAGUGCUUUAGAAUUCACUCCUACGGGAAGGUCAGGAAGUUCUCGGACGCACGAUCUUACUGCCAAGGUCACGGGGGCGAUUUGGCUGUUAUUGAGGACGUCGAUACGAAGAACUGGCUGGCCCUUGCAAUUGCCGAGACGGGCCUUGUGGGCGAACAGUCGUUCAUGUGGGUAGGGGCCAAGUUAGUGGAUGGCCAGUGGCAGUGGGUGGAAGACGGCCAUCCUGUGGAUUCUAAUGUCGUACAAUGGGAAGAGGAAGGGACCGGAGACUGCGCUGCCUUCACCUUAGACUCAAAGCUCAAGAAAUAUGACUGUGUAAAUAGGAUUCACUUCAUCUGCCAUCGGCCUAUCAAUGUUCCGCUUCCAUGUAACUUAGACAUGGGUUGGGAACAACUGAGAGAGCUGUGCUAUAAGAAAUCCAGCGAGGCCGAACCGUGGCACAAUGGACGCCUGCAGUGCAAAUUAGACGGUGCCGAUCUCAUCACCAUCAGCGACAGCACCGUCCAGCAAUUCGCCACUGAUUAUGCAAUCGAGAGACAUGACAACAUUUGGACUGGCUUGAGUGAGGAGAGUCACCCGGGAAAAUGGACGUGGAGUGACGGCAGCGAUGUUAACUACACUCACUGGGACACUGACCAACCGGAGUCCAUGGACGGCUUCGGGGCGGCGACUGUGAACCACGAACAGACGGACGGCAAAUGGGUCGUGGAAAAGCUCACUGAAGACUACCACUAUCUCUGCCAGAAGAAGCAAGGAAGCUGCGUAGCCGGCUGGGAGGAAUUCGGCGACUCUUGCUACUACUUCAACACCGAGGACGACGACCUCCUGGUGUGGGACGACGCCAAGACGACCUGCGAGUCCGUCGGGGCGAAGCUGGUCGUCCUCGAUACCUUGGCCGAGGAUGAGUACUUCCGCGGGCACAUGCCGGAGACCGAUCAGCUGUGGAUUGGGUUGUAUAGCAAUCCCGGCGACGACUUUUACUGGGUCGACGACACGACUAUGAAAUCCAAGAACUUCACUUUUGUUUCGGAUGAAAACAUUGAUGAUGCCAUUAACAGCGAUGUGAAAAAAUGUACUUUCUUCCAGAUCAGAGAAUCCGACCCCGGCGAACCGAGCCACUCGUCCUGGGUUCCCACCGACUGCGCCACCAAGAACCACUACGCCUGCGAGAUUCCUGCGGGAGACAGCCUCACUCUCUUGCCUCCGCCAGAAUUGAAGUACUGUCCCGACGGCUGGGUAAACAGUUUUGAGCACUGCUAUUUCUUCAGUGGCGUCGAGAAAUCUUGGCAGAAGGCACGGGAGGAGUGCCAGAAAUUCGACGGCGGAGAUUUGGUGUCGAUCACUACUUGGCCUGAACAGGAUUUCGUAUCGAAUAACAUUAUGGACGGCGCCUGGAUCGGCCUGAAUGACAGAGGCACCGAGGACAACUGGGUUUGGAGUGACCAAAAUAAGGUUCUCAUUACCAACUGGGAUGAUGGUGAACCAAACGGCAGCGGAGGCAACGAGAACUGCGGCGAAAUGAGGUCGGACACCGGCAAGUGGAACGACCUUCCUUGCAACCUUGCGCGUGUGUUUGCGUGCAAGAGCAAGGCGUCUGCCACGCCCGUCUCGCCGGUGGUUCCUACGACGACGCCCUAUCCUGACUAUUCCGGCUGCGGUUGGGGCUGGACAGAGAACCCGGUGAGCGGCGAGUGUUACCGCAUAGAGCUUGAAGAGCUGAGCUUCGCAGAUGCGAAACAUUACUGCAGGGAGCUUUCCCACAGCGAGGGGCAGAGCACGCCGGAUCUGGUGUCCCUAACGACGGCGCAGGAGCAGGGCUUCGUUGAUGACAUGAUAAAGGAGCAACACCUGAGUCAAUCGACGCUGUUCAUCGGCCUUAUGAACAACGCGGACGGACACAGGUGGAUAGAUGGAACACCUGUCCUCUUCUUCAACUGGAACGACGGGGAGCCUAGUGGAGGAUAUCCGAGGGAAGAGUGUGGAGAGAUAUACGUCGACUCAGGCAAAUGGAACGAUGUGCACUGUACGCAGCGACGGGCUUUCGUCUGCGAGAAGAAAGGCACAAACUACGUGGGCCCAGUUGACCCUCCACCACCUGAAGUGCGGUGUCCGGACGGCUGGAAAUACUGGAACAACCACUGUUACUACUUCGGCUUCGAGACCAAGACUUGGGACGAAUCGAGGUCAUGGUGCCAGGCCAAUUUGGGGAGUGACCUGACUUCAAUCACUAGUGAGGACGAGAACAACUACAUCAAUGACAUGCUAUAUGCCCAGGGCCUAAACGCCUGGAUUGCUCUUCACGACAACGACGCAGGGGAGGACUGGCACUGGGUAGACGGUGCCAACUACGACUAUACGAACUGGAUGAGCGGAGAGCCGAAUAACCAGGACGGAUUGGAGCACUGUGGAGAGAUCAGAGCAUAUGAUUAUUACUACAGCGGUCAGUGGAAUGACAUGCCGUGUGAUCUUCUCAAUGGUUUCGUGUGUAAAACCACCGUCAAAACGUGCCCAGAGUCGUGGACACUUCACAACGGCAAGUGUUACUAUGCUAGCAACUUCGAAGUGACGUGGAGUGUUGCAAGGGAUAAAUGCAAGGAAUUCAACACCGAAGCGGAUCUUGUCAGUAUUCAUUCACAGGAAGAGAGCGAUUUCUUUGGAGACUUCCUGACCCACAGCAGCCUCGGCACGUGGAUCGGCUUCAACUACGACAGCGCCACCGGGCAGUGGGCGUGGAGCGACGGGCAGCCCUCCAACUACACCAACUGGAACGAAGGCGAACCGAACAACCUGAACGACGAGGCGUGCACAGAGAUCAUCGACGCCGUGGGCUGGGACACGCACACCAAAUGGAACAAUAUGCCUUGUUCCACGUACAGGGCUUUCGGCUGCGAGUUCUUUCCCACACACUCCGUCGGUUGUGAAGAAGGCUGGCUAACUUUCAACAACUACUGCUACUGGUAUUCUGGCGAAACCGAAUACAACGUUCUGUCAUUCAACGAAGCGAGAGAUGACUGUAAAAGUAAAGGAGCAGAUAUGGUGUCCAUUCAUUCACAGGAAGAGAAUGAAUUUGUUUAUUCUAUGAUUUCGGAAGGGAGUGAGUAUUUUUUUGGCAUGCAGAGCGUAGUCAUGUGUCAUUUCUUCCUUUCUUCUUCUUCUUCCAGAUGCGUGCAGGAAAAUGCCGACCUCGUCUCGAUCCACUCACAGCAAGAAAUGGAUUUGAUAACAAUGGCGACGCAUAAGUUCCGAGAUCCUCUGUGGAUCGGCCUCGUGCAGAAGACUAACGGCUACGGGUGGAGUGAUGGCACUGGCUUCGACUACGUUAAUUGGCAAGACGGCGAACCGAACAGCGAAAGCGAACAAUGUGCCGAAUUCUAUCCCGGAUCCGGAAACUGGAACGAUGCCGAGUGUUCGAACACGAGGGCUUUUAUUUGCAAGAUCUUAAAGAUCCAAAAUAUUGAACCGACAAACCCGACCAUUAACCCGCCGCCACAAUACUCCACGUGGAAACCAGGCCCGAGCUCCCUGAACGCGGGAGGAAUCGUCGGCAUCGUCAUCGCCGUCUUGUUCGUGGUUGCUGGCGUUGGCUUCGUCGGGGUGACGUACAUGAAGAAGAAGCCGAAGCCGGUGUCGAAUAACGGCGCGUACAGUUUCGACAACGCCCUCUACUCCGAAAGCUACGACGGCGCCGGGAGUGUGACUGUGGGAAAUCCGUCAACUACAGUCAGCUUUGAGAAUCAGGCACUGGACACCGAGGCUUGAGGGGCGGGGCAUGCAUAGACCACGCCCCCUCAUCCCCCACCCCACCCCCACACUCAAUUGCCUUUUGUUUCUUCUCCGUUUUUUUCAAGUUUUUGUUUUGUUUAUUGUUAUUGCUAGUAUUAUUGUUUGUAUGUUUAUUGACAUUGAUAUUGUUAUUACAGUUAUUUUCAUUAUUGCUUUUUUAUUGUUAUUAGUAUUAAAAUUGAUAUUAUUAUUAUUAUUAUUAUUAUUAUUAUUAUUAUCAUUAUUAUUAUUAUUAUCAUUAUCAUUAUUAUUAUUAUUAUUAUCAUUAUCAUUAUUAUUAUCAUUAUUAUUAUUAUUAUUGCUACUGCUACUACUACUACAGCUAUCAAUUGUUGCUAUUGUUAUUAUUAUGUAAUUAGUUUUCACACCUUUUACAAUUGCCUCUAAGUUAUCACAACUUUUUUAUUCCAUAAUGUUACUUUUUUUUGUAAUAUCUCAGAGGUGCAUUUUAAAAUUAGAGAAGGAACAAUUUUUUUUUUUUUUUAAUAUAAAUCAAGAAAUAUUCAUAAUAUAUUCCAUGAUUGCUUUGUCAAAAAAAUGGAAUAAACUUGACGGUUCUGAUAAUAAAACUUUAGACAGUAAUAAUAUCAUUACAUUUGUUUUUCAAGUAUGCAAUAGGAUACAGCAAUACAUGUUCAUUCCCAACAGAAGAAUAACAAAACAAAGGACUAAGAAUACUUUUGUUUUUAGUUAUAGUUCAUUAAGUGUUUUAGUUUUAGUUAUGUAAUGAUUGACUGAGAGAUCUGAUUUUUUUUUUUUAGAAGUAAUGUUUGUUUGUUUGUUUGUCGUAAUGUAAUCUUCGCCAAUUAAAUAUAGGGAACGAUUUGA